AUGGCCGACAACCAGCAACCCCCGCAACAAGACGAAGAAGAGGACAAAAUCCUGGCCUACUUCCCCGACCCACCACCCUUCUACAAGCACUUCACCCCCGCCAACCUAGAUCGCCUAGCCGCGCUGGAAAAAGAUGUCCUUCCCGCAGACACCACCACAGCCACCCACGCAUCCAGCCUCACCCCAGCCCAGAUCCUCGCCCUCCCCACCGAACUGCGCUACCUGCUGCCCCCCACUCCGCCCGCCGCAGACGAAGAAUUCAAAGUCUUCGGCCAGCCCACAAAAGCGGCCGGUACCGCCGUCUUCGACAAGAACAUGACGUUCAUCGCCGCGAAGCUGGACGAGUGGGCGCUGCCGGGCUGGACGUACGAGCAGCUGUAUCCCGCCAGCACGGAGCCCUCGUCCUCGACGCUGGACCGGCAAAACUACCUCUUCCGCUUCCUGCGCAGUGUGCUGGUGAGCUACAUCGAGCUGUUGGGCAUUGUGGCAGUGGAUCCUGUCUCUGAGGCGAAGAAUGAGAAGUUGCGCGAUAUUUUGACGCUGGUUGCUAAUAUGCAUGCCCUGGUCAAUGAGUAUAGACCGCAUCAGGCGAGGGAGACGUUGAUUGGGAUGCUGGAGCGGCAGGUGGAGAGGAAGAAGGGCGAGAUUGAGGGUGUGAGGAAGAUGGAGGAGAGAGUAAGGGAUGUGCUGGGCGGGUUUGGGGAACUGGGGAAGGUCGACGGGGAGGGGGUGGACGAGGGGAGCGAGAAGAAUAUGCUGGGCGGAGCGCGGGGGAGAACGGAAAUGCAAAGUGGUAUGUGGGAGGCUUUGGAUGAAAUUCUGGGAUAA